AUGGCCAUGGAUUCGCCCCAGUUAAUCCAGACUCUGGUCUCAUCCUUCAGCAUUUUGGCCGACGAAGUGCAGAACCUGGUCGACAGAAAGACGAUCUUGGAGCACAAGUUGGCCUACGCGCGAGAACAGGCAAGUCGUCAUCUCUUCUUUCUCUUGUCUUCUCUUUUCCCGCCCAUGCCACCUCUACAUGAUGAUUACCAUAGCUCUAGAUCUGCAUGUCGCCAUUUUGGCGACUCUUAUCAGCUUCUCGCCGACAAAUACGCCCCAGCAGCUCCUCACAUUGCCGAAACUCUGGCAAAGCUCCAACUACCUCCCAGCCCAACGCUCGCAUCCUCCAGCCACGUCCCUCUCCCCAAGCGCCACCAGUCCGAUAGCUCCCAGGCUGAGUUGGCUUUGUUCAUCCGCGAAGGCAGAAAGGUAGCUCGGCAGUUGGCGAUGGUGACUGAUGCCAGCAAGGAAAGCGGAUCCAGCCGCGAGACAUUCUCCACCAACAUGACCUCACAGUCAACCUUCCUCGAAAGGGACUUCACGGUCGAGGGGAAGAAGGGUCAUUUGGGCUGUCCCUUCUCGGCAAUGAAAAAGGACGCCGUCGAGCAAGUUGAGGUAGAUGAUGCGAAUGAAAAUAAAAAUUCCGACCCUACACCGCACCAUUCCAAAGACCCGAUAUGCGCGGCAAUGUUUGAGGAGAGCAUGUCCGCCCCGCCGCCCAACGCCUCGGCCUCCAAAUGCCCCAUCAGAUACCUCGACAAGCACACUCCCGAAGAGAUUGCUCGCUACGUCGAGACUCACAAGCAUGAGUUGCCGCGAAGCCACGAGGUUUGUCUCAAGAGAAACCAGAAGAACGAAGAGCAAAUAAGGAAGCUCGACGCCAAGUACGGCAAUCUUGUCUCCAUGAUCACCGAUCUCAGCCACCUCCAUGCGCCCAUGUUACCCGAGGCCCAGGCUGAGGCUGAGGCCGAAGCUGAAGCCGAGGCGGACCAAGCUUCGAAUCGCCGUGUUAGUGAUUGGGCCAAGAACGUGAGCUCUAGUACCGUGGACGGCCUGGUCGAUGAGACCAUCAAGGAUGAUGGUAAUGUGCCUACUGCCGAAGACUAUCUCGACCGGACCGGUCAUUUCGAACGGCCUCUCAAGGAGAUCCGCGUCGGCGAGUCGCCCAGCAGACCGUGGGGCAUCUCCGUCCCCUUUCCCCCGGAUGAGCCCGUGGAGCGGCCAACUUCGCCUCCGGCGCCUGUUCGUAUGCCUUCGCCCAGCCCAAAUCAAGCACCAAAGGCCUCAGAGGCCAGGCCAUCCAAGUGCCCAUUUGACCACACCAAGAUGAACAAAUUAGACGGACCUGGCCUGGCCGAAUUUCCGAAAAUGGAGGAGGUCCAAAGCCCCCCACGGCCUACCGCUCACAAGCCAGCUGCAAGCCAGCCUUUUACUACGCCUGUGAAGCAUCCACAACCUCCAAUCCCAGACAGUCCUCCUCCGUCUCACCAGCCGGCCUUUAUCAACGCACCUGGGGCCGCGAAUGCCACGACCGCCAGCGGCCCGGCCCCCCAGAUGGUGUUCAACGGCCCGGUGUUCAUCGGGUAUCCCAUUGAGCAAGCGAUUCAGUUCAUGCAGCAUUUUCAGCGGCAGUCAUGA